GCAAUCAUUGUAUUAAACUGUCAGACCUAUUGAUUCUUCCGGUCUUUUUAUUUCUCCGUGGCAUGGCGGAUGGUCUUUACCGCCGCCUAUAGUGUUUUUUGGAGAAAUAGCUUCGCUAAAAUAGCGAAAUGAGUCUAUCAGUAGCCCGACCUCUUGUGUCGGUGUAUUCAGAGAAGAGCGAAGUGGUGCCGAAAGCGUCCCUUCCUCUGCCGUUCGUGUUCAAGGCGCCCAUCCGGCCUGAUCUCGUCAACGAUGUCCAUGUGUCGAUGUCGAAGAAUGCCAGACAGCCGUACUGCGUUAGCAAGGAGGCUGGUCACCAGACCAGUGCCGAGUCGUGGGGUACCGGUCGUGCCGUAGCCCGUAUCCCCCGUGUGCGCGGUGGUGGUACCCACAGAUCGGGUCAAGGUGCGUUCGGAAACAUGUGCCGCGGCGGUCGCAUGUUCGCACCAACCAAGCCCUGGCGCCGUUGGCACAGACGCGUGAAUCUGCGUCAGAGACGCGCAGCUGCAGCCGCUGCGGUGGCCGCCGCUGGUGUGCCCGCGCUCGUGCAGGCGAGAGGCCACGUCAUUGACAAGAUUCCCGAGCUACCGUUGGUCGUAGCCGACAAGGUCCAAGAGAUCAACAAGACCAAGGAGGCUGUGAUCUUCCUCAGACGCGUGAAGGCGUGGUCCGAUGUUCUCAAGGUAUACAAGUCUCAACGCCUGCGCGCCGGCAAGGGUAAGAUGCGCAACCGUCGUCGCAUCCAACGCAAGGGACCCCUGAUUGUUUACCACAAGGAUCAGGGUCUCACCCGUGCGUUCCGCAACAUCCCCGGUGUGGAAAUGCUGAACGUGAACAAGUUGAACCUUCUGAAGCUGGCUCCCGGUGGCCACGUGGGCAGAUUCAUCAUCUGGACCAGAUCCGCCUUUGAGAGGCUCGAUCCCCUCUUCGGCUCAUGGAAGACCCCGUCCAAACUGAAGAAGAACUUCAACCUGCCGCAGCCCAAGAUGGCCAACACCGACUUGACCCGUCUGCUCAAAUCUGACGAGAUCAGGAAGGUGCUGAGAGCGCCCAACAAACGAGUCAUCCGUGCAGCAAGGAAACUCAACCCGUUGACGAACACGAGGGCCAUGUUAAGACUCAACCCGUACGCGGCUGUGCUCAAGAGGAAAGCGAUACUGGACCAACAGAGACGGCAGAACUUGAAGGCACUGGCGUUGGCUGAGAAGCGUGGUAUUAAACUGCCCGAAGACGACCCCGCAGUGAAAGCUGAAAAGUUGAGGGAAAAGAGAAGGAAAGCUAUCAAAUUGGCAGCGGCUAAGAAGCCCAAGAAGCCAGCAGCAAAGAAGACAGCACCACCACCCCCUAAGAAGAAAGCGGCCCCCGCUAAGAAGUGAAGAUAAUAAAGUUAUCUAUUGAU